CCCGCCGGGGACGGGGCGCGGCGGCGGCUCGUCCCUCCGAUCCCAACCGUGCGGUGCUGCUGGCGCUGGUGGAAGAGUUUUGGGAGGGAGAUGAUGACAGGCUGAUGAAACCAAUCAAACAAUGAAGUAAUCAUAAAUCCCCGGUGCCGGCGGUGAAGGCGGGAGCAGCUGGAGGCUGGAGAGGAGCUGAGGUCCUAACGAAACCAUCCCGCUGAGCAGCAGAAAUCCGGGGAGGCCGAAGCACUGAAAGGUGGCCAAGGUCCUGUCACCAGGGCCAAUGGACAGAGACAGCACAGCACAGUGUGGAUGAGGGCAGGGAAAAUCCUGCUGGCAGCUCCGGGGGAGCAGUGCAGAGGGCACGGAGGACACCCGCAGGAAGGAAGAGUGGUGGCUCCCCAGGAGCUGUCGGAGAAGAGAGUUCUGGUGCUUUGUUUGCUCUUCACAAAUUUGCCUGCGGAACCUGAAUCCUGGGACCAGAGGCUGAGGAAUCUUGUCACAGGCUGAUAGUCAGGAUGAGGGAUGUAUCCCACAGCAGGAGACGCUAUGGAUGGGUGUGAGGGGGCCUGACCCUGCCCCACUGCUGGGACAUCCCCACUGGGAGAGCAGCUCCUGCCAACUGGGAUCCUGCGUGUGGCUGGGCGUUCAUUGGCUUUGCUGAAGACGAUCCUGGUGCUGAGAAGGCUGCUCUAGUCUAGGCAAGGAGCUGCGCAACCAUGAGCGCGGGUUCGAUUGAGCAGGAGCCGUCGCGCAAGCUGGCCUGCUGCGGGGUGCCCCUCAUCACCGAGGACAUGCAGUCCCUGGCCAUCCGCACCCUCUCAGGCACCGACAUCAGCAAGCACUACGACCUCAUCCGCGAGCUCGGCAAGGGCACCUACGGCAAGGUGGACCUGGUGUCCCACAAAAGCACAGGCACCAAGAUGGCCCUGAAGUUCGUCAACAAGAGUAAGACGAAGCUGAAGAACUUCCUGCGGGAGUUCAGCAUCACCAACACACUCUCCUCCAGCCCCUUCAUCAUCAAGGUCUUUGACGUGGUCUUCGAGACUGAGGACUGCUACGUCUUCGCUCAGGAGUAUGCCCCUGGUGGGGACCUCUUCGACAUCAUCCCACCACAGGUGGGGCUCCCCGAGGAGCUGGUGAAGCGCUGUGUGCAGCAGCUGGGCCUGGCCCUCGACUACAUGCACAGCAAGAGCCUGGUGCACCGGGACAUCAAACCGGAGAACGUCCUGCUCUUCGACCGCGACUGCCGCCGCGUCAAACUGGCCGACUUUGGCAUGACCCGCAAGGUGGGCUGCCGGGUCAAGCGCAUCAGUGGCACCAUCCCCUACACGGCGCCCGAGGUGUGCCAGGCCGGCCGGGCCGAGGGCUUUGCUGUGGACACCAGCAUCGAUGUCUGGGCUUUUGGGGUGCUCAUCUUCUGCGUCCUCACCGGCAACUUCCCCUGGGAGGCGGCGGUGGCGUCCGAUGCCUUCUUCGAGGAGUUCGUGCGGUGGCAGAAGGGGCGGCUGGGGGGGCUGCCCUCGCAGUGGCGGCGCUUCACGGACAGUGCCCUGCGCAUGUUCCAGCGCCUGCUGGCCCUCGACCCCGAGAAGCGCUGCCCCGUCAAGGAGGUUUUCUACUUCAUCAAGUGCGACCUGAUGGCCGAGGUGCGGUGCCGGCCCUCCUACCGCUCCCGCAAACACACCAGGGACAAGCUCCCGGCCGGCUCCCACUGCCACGAGGCCACCGGCUCCUGCACCCCCGCCCCGCUCAAGAGGACCGUCCUGACAGAAGGGAGCGGAGCGCGCGGUCCCGAGUCCAGCGCGGCCGCCCCGGGGACGGCCAGCAGGACAGAUGGACGGCAGGACAAAGGCAAAGGACAGAUGGUCCUGGCCACAGCAAUAGAGAUCUGCGUCUGAUGGCGCCGCGGCAGCGGCCGCAC